AUGACAUCAAUAUUUCUUCAAAUCACGUGGACAACAACAACGACUUCUUUUUUUUUUUCCAGUUCAAUUAGCCAAAUCUCAUGCACUCCUCAAGAAUGCCAAUUGACAGAACGGAGAUGCAGAGAGAAACUCAGUGCGAAAGCAAGUACCAACCUUCUUUAUACUGAAUUGGUAUCAGACACAACUGCUAGACACUUUCCCAGCACUGCUAAUCCAAAGUCCGGCUACCGUUGGAAUCUCUUCGAGACUUCGCACCCAUUAACGUCAUUUACCACGAUUGACCGGCCGGAACGGCUUUACCAGGACGUCCAUGAUCCGGCCGAAAUUGGACCAUCUUUACCAACCCAGAGACUGACGCAGUUUCAACCAUAG